GUUGGUGACAUGGCAGACAAUAAAACAGGCACUAGCCGCCAGUCUUUUGUAAGAGCAACGCUGUUUAUGGAAGUGGAAUGCUGAUGGUUUUUAUCCUUCCCUGAGAUCCGAUCGGAAUUUAUUAACACAAUUCACAUGGAUUACAAUUGUAUUUAAUUACUGUGGAAUACCCUGGCAAAACAAUGAGACGGCAAGUACUGUUGUUCAUUUCGGCUCUGUGUCUUUCGACGGUGUUCGGUCAGGUCAGCUACUCCAUCCCUGAGGAAAUGGAAAAAGGCUCUUUAGUGUGUAAUGUAGCCCAGGAUUUAGGUUUAGAUAUUAAACGGCUCAAAUCGGGUAGAGCACGCAUCCAUUCGGGAGAUACUACAGAAUACAUCGAACUAAAUAAAGAAAGGGGCGUCCUCUUAAUCAAAGAGAGAAUAGACAGAGAGGCGCUAUGCGGCGAAACGACGCCUUGCGCGUUACAUUUACAGAUGAUUUUAGAAAACCCAAUGGAAUUAUUUCGCAUAACAGUAGAAAUCACAGAUAUAAACGACAACGCUCCCAGCUUUGCAUCCACAGAGAAAAGAAUUGAAAUCAGUGAAUCAGCCAUCAUUGGAUCUAAAUUUGUGCUCGAAAAAGCGUUCGAUGCUGAUAUUGGUACAAAUGGUCUACAAAGUUAUACUCUCCAUCCUACCAGUAACUUUGCCUUAAAACUAGAAAAUCAAGCUGACGGAGGUAAAAAGGUAGAAAUGAUUUUACAAAAGCCUUUAGAUCGAGAGCAUCAGGAGCACAUAUCACUGUUAUUAACUGCAGUCGAUGGCGGACAGCCGCGUAUGUCAGGUACAAUGCAGAUUACUGUUAAUGUAUUAGACGUGAAUGACAAUGCUCCGAUUUUCACAAAGCCAGUAUAUAAAGCCGCAAUACCAGAGAACUCUCCCCAGGGAACAAGUAUUAUUAUUGUUAGUGCAUCUGACAAAGAUAGAGGCUCUCAUGGAGAAAUAUCUUAUGCAAUUUCAAACAGCAAGCGUCGUUUAUCCGACUUGUUUCAAAUAAAUCAAAAGACUGGGGAGGUUAUCUUGAUUGGUGAAAUAGACUAUGAAAAAGCAAAGCUCUUCCAAGUAGAUAUUGAGGCAUUAGAUAAUGGAGGACUCUCUGAUUCCAGUAAGAUCUUAAUUGAUGUAAUUGAUGUUAAUGACAACAGUCCCCAGAUUAAAAUAUUGUCCAAAUCAGACAGCAUUUUGGAAGAUUCUCCUGAAAAUACUGCAAUUGCGAUGCUGAGCAUAAAUGAUCCUGACUCUCAGAAAAACGGAGAGGUGAAAUGUAGUAUAAAUGAUGAAAUUCCUUUUAAAAUCCUCAACACAAUGAACGGAUUCUACAGUUUAGUUACAGAGGUAGCGUUGGAUAGAGAAGACGCCUCUCAAUACAAUAUAACUGUGACCUGCUCUGAUGAAGGAGUACCCUCCCUCUCCAGCAGCGUCACUCUCACCUUACAGAUCUCUGAUGUCAAUGAUAACCCUCCUGUCUUUGAGAGGAGCUCAUAUGAGGCCUACAUUAUAGAAAACAACACACCUGGUCUCUCUAUAUUCACAGUCAAAGCCACAGACUCUGACUGGAACCAGAAUGCCCGUGUUUCUUACAUACUGGAGGACUCCUCUGUUAACGGAGUGCCAGUCUCCUCAUAUGUGUCCGUUAGUGCUGAUAGUGGAGUCAUCCAUGCAGUGCGUUCUUUUGACUACGAGCAGAUCAAGGAUUUCCAGUUCAGGGUCAAAGCUCAGGAUGGAGGCUCCCCUCCACUCAGUAGUAAUGUGACUGUGAAAAUAAUGAUCCAGGACCAGAACGAUAACGCCCCACAGGUUCUGUACCCAGUCCAGACUGGUGGCUCUCUGGUGGCUGAAAUGGUGCCUCGUUCAGCAGAUGUGGGCUAUCUGGUCACUAAAGUGGUGGCUGUUGAUGUGGACUCUGGACAGAAUGCCUGGCUCUCCUAUAAACUGCAGAAAGCCACAGACAGGGCGCUGUUUGAGGUGGGCUUACAGAAUGGAGAAGUAAGAACUAUCCGCCAAGUCACUGAUAAAGAUGCAGUCAAACAAAGACUGACUGUUAUAGUGGAGGACAACGGACAGCCCUCUCGUUCAGCUACAGUCAUUGUAAACGUGGCGGUGGCGGACAGCUUUCCUGAAGUGCUGUCUGAGUUCACUGACUUUACACACGACAAGGAGUACAAUGAGAACCUGACUUUUUACUUAGUGUUGGCUUUGGCUGUAGUUUCCUUCCUCUUCAUCACGUGUGUGGUGGUCAUUAUAUCAGUGAAAAUCUACAGAUGGAGACAGUCUCGCAUCCUGUAUCACUCCAAUCUGCCAGUGAUUCCAUAUUAUCCACCACGUUACUCCGACACUUUGGGGACAGGGACUCUCCCACACGUGUACAACUACGAGGUGUGCAGGACGACUGACUCCAGAAAGAGUGACUGUAAGUUUGGCAGAGCUGGUAGUCAGAACGUGCUGAUAAUGGACCCCAGUUCAACAGGGACGAUGCAGAGGAUACAGAGUGAAAAGAGCAUCCUGGAUGAACCAGACUCUCCUCUAGAGUCUGGAAUCAGUACCAUGGACAGAGAGUGA